CUGUUAAAUAACAUAGGAGAUUUUUCAAAAAUGUUGGAACAUAUAUCCAUUUUAUUGCAAUCUUCAAACAAGUGGCUUUCCAGCAAUGCAGCUCUGGUGCUAGCUCGAUUGUCCAUCUCAGACACAGGCUUACAUAUGAUAAUAACCAAGCCACAGAUAUCUGACAUCAUUGUACAUUUGAUAAACUGCCUCGGAGUGGAUGAAGCAGGGUGUGGCAUGAACUGCGCCUUCAUACUUGGAAGAAUAUGUGAUUCCGAUUAUGGCAUAAAGAAGGUCCUGGAUGCACCAAACAAGGAACUGAUGGUACUUACUGGUCUCAGAAUCAUGCUCGCCGAUGUUCCACUGGCUGGAUCCAAUUGGGGUGCAUGCAAGAAUGCCUGCUUCUGCCUCAGCUGUUUGGCCGGCACACACGAGGGUCAUGACUGGAUCUUUCGAUUUCCGAAAUUCUUUACGGGUGACGACUACUUUUUCACCUGCGAGGGAGACGAUGGUCGACAGUUUCCGGAUGUUUCAGCUGAGCAGCAAGACAAUGAUGUGCAACCUUGUUGCGCUCUAGCUUCAUUGGCUCGACUGUUGAACGUGACCAAUGCAGAAACCUCUUGGUUUGCGGCAAUGGUGGUCCGCUCGCUGAUUAGUCAGAUGAAAGGCCUCGUGAUUCUGCGCCGGUAUCAGCCACUUAUGGUGGCACUACAGGAUUGUUUGGUGUCUCCUCGAGCGACACCAGAACUUUUGAACGAAGUCAGGACAGUACUCCUGUUAAUGAGUCCUCUCUCGGCCCCACCAAGGCCACGCAUUGUGGCUUAUGGAUCAACGUCUGCCUUGGUUCGAUGGACAAAUGUGGAGGCACCAAACGGUUAUCAAGUUACCUAUCAGCUUUAUUUUCAAGCUGAAGGCACUUCUGAAUGGAAGUUGGUAUACUCUGGAAACAACCUCGAAACAAGAGUUCGGGAUCUUCAGCCUUAUACCAGGUAUCUCAUCACAUUGCGGUGUUCGAAUGAUGUUGAACAAGGACCACUAUCUGAACCGACUGUAUUCAGGACAGAAGAAGCAACUCCGUCAGCACCAACUGACCUUCAUGCGGCAACCGUUACAACCAAUCAGGUUCGGCUAAUCUGGUCUCCACCGAUACAGUUAAACGGAUCUCUCCAUCAUUACACGGUGCGUGUUGAAUGUGCGGAAAAACGUCCAAACAGUCCAAGAAUGAGGUCAAACGGUCUUCAGUCAAAGCUCUCAUCAAACAUACGUUAUAGUGAGAAGGCUAUGGAGCCCAACGCUAUUAUUUCUGGAUUAUUGCCGAAUACCACCUACACCGUUAUGGUGAGUGCUGUGAAUGGAAAGGGUACCGGACCAGCAGCUACACUGUCCUUACAAACUCUGGAAACAGGUCCACAUUGGCCAGAAAAACCCAUUGUUACAGUACUGGGUCGUUCUGAAGUGACCGUUAACUGGGAGCCACCAAAGUACACUCGAGGGCGCAUUAUGCGAUAUGAAGUUUACAUGAAUCAGGGGAAAUCACCAGUCUAUUCAGGGACAGAACAGCACUGCCGCUUAAUUGGACUUCGACCUGACACAGAAUACACGUUUGUGGUUGCUAUGAUCACAAAUGAAGGCAAGUUUGAAAGCAAACCUGCGAAGCGAAAAACAGCGAAAGAUGGAUAUACACCUUCUCCAAGAGUUCCAUCGCGCAAUAUUCAUGGUCGUCGCAGUUUUCAGUCAGAUAAUUCAAUAUCUCCCGUACAGUUUCCGAAAGUUGAAGUAAAAGUUACUCCACCAAGCAAAGACAAGACAAGAGUCAACGAAAGUCCCGGCAAGUCCACUGAUAACUCUCGGUUGGCCUCACUUUCCAUGCCAUGUCUUGCAUCGAUGACCAAAGCAAAAAGUGCUUGCUUCCAUGGAAAUAGGAAACUUAUGGAAACUCCUACGGUUGCACUCUCUACGCCUAUUCUGAGACAUGAUUCAAGGACACAUUCGGAAGAACUGAAGAAAUCAGCGCCUUGUAAACAGAGUUCUGUGCCAUAUGCCAGUCUGCGGAUGCUCCACUAUUCAACAGACAUGCGCAACCACUCACAGCCAACUUUUUGUCAUAAUCCACCUAAUUUGAACGGACGCUUGUCAACAAAUUACGAAGAGGGUGACAGAUUCAACGAAAAUUUUCAGUAUAAUUCAGAAAUUCAGAGGGAUAUGAAAAGUCCAGAUCCUGAUAAAUCUGGAAAAAUCACAUGUACAUUCGGCAACCUGUGUAGCAACGGAUUUCUUUGCUCAAACAAAAACACUUUUUCCAGGCUACCUCUACGAGGUGGGAAAACCCAGCGUGCUUUGAGUACUGGAUCAGGCAGCCGGUUGGAUCAAAGCCUUUACUCUGCCGGUCGGAGAUCAGCCUCAAGUUAUUUGAAAAUGCCAUUCGGAACGAAAAGAACAAGACCUCCUAUGAAGAAUUGCGAAAUUCUGACAGCCGUCAAUUCGUCAGAUGAUCUGAUGGAGUUAAACAUCAAUCAGUCAAAUAGCUGUCAGCCGGAUGAUUCAUUUUCGGUAGUUGCCCAAGCGGGACUGUCAUCUUCGGUUCAUUUAACACAAGAAGGUGAAGCUACUUACAUUGAGUCAAAUGAACAAUUUGCAUCGGGGAGAAAGAAGUCCCUAGCGCGAAUCGGACUCGAACCUCAAUCCAAUAUCUCCAUCUACUUCUCAUGCGUAAUUGCUCGUCCACGCGGAAAAUAA